CCCUCGGUGCGCGGGCACAGCAGCCAGGCUGCCGGAGAGCAGAUCUCGGGGAUUCGGGUGCGAAGCCCUUGGCCUGGAGGCGAUAUGGGUGGUCCGUGGCCCGGUUCAGUCGCUCGCAACAGCCCGGGGAACAGGCCUGUCUGGCCCUGAGGGAGCCCCCUUUCUGAAGCUGUGGUGCUCGGAAGACCUGCUCUCUACGUUGCCGGGCACCUGUAGGUGUCCCUCGAGAGCUCAGUUUUGAGGUUCAAGUCAGUGUGGCCAUGAAGGGGCUGCCUAUUGGGCUGAUGCUGUGACCCCGGAGUCUGCCUUUCCUGCCAGUCCCCCGGCCCGGAACAUGUGGCUGCGGCUUGGCCUGCCCUCGCUGUCCCUGAGCCCCAAGCCCACAGUUGGCCGGAGACUGUGCCUCACCCUGUGGUUCCUGAGCUUGGUGCUGAGGGCCAGUACCCAGGCCCCAGCACCCACAGUCAAUACUCACUUUGGGAAGCUAAGGGGUGCCCGGGUACCAUUGCCCAGUGAGAUCCUGGGGCCUGUGGACCAAUACCUUGGGGUGCCCUACGCAGCCCCCCCCAUCGGCGAGAAACGUUUCCUGCCCCCUGAACCACCCCCAUCCUGGUCGGGCAUCCGGAACGCCACACACUUUCCCCCAGUGUGCCCCCAGAACAUCCACACAGCUGUGCCCGAAGUCAUGCUCCCUGUCUGGUUCACGGCCAACUUGGAUAUCGUCGCUACUUACAUUCAGGAGCCCAACGAAGACUGCCUCUACCUGAACGUCUAUGUGCCCACGGAGGAUGUAAAGCGGAUUUCCAAGGAAUGCGCCCGAAAGCCCAACAAGAAAAUUUGUAGGAAAGGAGGAUCCGGCGCUAAGAAACAGGGCGAGGACUUAGCGGAUAAUGACGGGGAUGAAGAUGAAGACAUCCGGGACAGUGGCGCUAAGCCUGUCAUGGUCUACAUCCAUGGAGGCUCUUACAUGGAAGGGACAGGCAACAUGAUUGACGGCAGCGUCCUGGCCAGUUAUGGCAACGUCAUCGUCAUCACCCUCAACUAUCGGGUUGGAGUGCUAGGUUUCCUGAGCACUGGCGAUCAGGCUGCCAAGGGCAACUAUGGGCUCCUUGACCAAAUCCAGGCCCUCCGCUGGGUGAGCGAGAAUAUCGCCUUCUUCGGUGGCGAUCCCCGCCGUAUCACCGUCUUUGGCUCGGGCAUUGGCGCGUCCUGUGUCAGCCUCCUCACGCUAUCGCAUCACUCUGAGGGGCUUUUCCAGAGGGCCAUCAUCCAAAGUGGUUCUGCUCUGUCCAGCUGGGCUGUGAACUACCAACCAGUGAAGUACACCAGCCUGCUGGCAGACAAGGUAGGCUGUAACGUGCUAGACACCGUCGACAUGGUGGACUGUCUUCGGCAAAAGAGUGCCAAGGAGCUGGUAGAGCAGGACAUCCAGCCUGCCCGCUACCAUGUGGCCUUUGGCCCCGUGAUUGACGGUGAUGUCAUUCCUGAUGACCCAGAGAUUCUCAUGGAACAGGGCGAGUUCCUCAACUAUGACAUCAUGCUAGGUGUCAACCAGGGUGAGGGGCUCAAGUUUGUGGAAGGGGUGGUGGACCCUGAAGAUGGUGUCUCUGGCACUGACUUUGACUACUCAGUCUCCAACUUUGUGGACAAUCUGUAUGGCUAUCCUGAGGGUAAGGACACCCUGCGGGAGACCAUCAAGUUCAUGUACACAGACUGGGCAGACCGUGACAAUCCUGAGACCCGCCGUAAAACACUGGUGGCGCUCUUCACUGACCACCAGUGGGUGGAGCCCUCAGUGGUGACAGCUGAUCUGCAUGCCCGCUAUGGCUCGCCUACCUACUUCUACGCCUUCUACCAUCACUGCCAGAGCCUCAUGAAGCCUGCUUGGUCAGACGCAGCUCAUGGGGAUGAAGUACCCUAUGUUUUUGGUGUCCCUAUGGUAGGCCCCACUGACCUUUUCCCCUGCAACUUCUCCAAGAAUGACGUUAUGCUCAGUGCUGUCGUCAUGACCUACUGGACCAACUUUGCCAAGACCGGGGAUCCCAACAAGCCGGUCCCCCAGGACACCAAGUUCAUUCACACCAAGGCCAACCGCUUUGAGGAAGUGGCCUGGUCCAAAUACAAUCCCCGAGACCAGCUCUACCUUCACAUCGGCCUGAAGCCAAGGGUCCGUGAUCAUUACCGUGCCACUAAGGUGGCCUUUUGGAAACACCUGGUGCCCCACCUAUACAACCUGCACGACAUGUUCCACUACACGUCCACAACCACCAAAGUGCCGCCCCCAGAUACCACCCACAGCUCCCACAUCACCCGCAGGCCCAAUGGCAAGACCUGGAGCACCAAACGACCAGCCAUCUCACCUGCCUACAGCAAUGAGAAUGCCCAAGGGUCCUGGAACGGGGACCAGGAUGCAGGGCCGCUCCUGGUGGAGAACCCUCGUGACUACUCCACUGAAUUAAGCGUCACCAUCGCCGUGGGGGCCUCCCUCCUCUUCCUUAAUGUCCUGGCCUUCGCUGCCCUCUACUAUCGGAAGGACAAGCGGCGUCAGGAGCCCCUGCGGCAGCCCAGCCCUCAGAGGGGAGCCGGGGCUCCUGAGUUGGGAGCUGCUCCCGAGGAGGAGCUGGCAGCACUGCAGCUGGGCCCCACCCACCACGAGUGUGAGGCGGGUCCCCCCCAUGACACCCUGCGCCUCACUGCACUGCCCGACUACACGCUGACCCUGCGGCGCUCCCCUGAUGACAUCCCACUCAUGACCCCCAACACUAUCACUAUGAUCCCCAACUCCCUGGUGGGGCUGCAGACAUUGCACCCCUAUAACACCUUUGCUGCAGGGUUCAACAGUACCGGGCUGCCCCACUCACACUCCACCACCCGGGUAUAGCUGCAGCCCAGAGCACAGCAUAUAUCCUGGCUCUGUCCCUCCCGGAUCCACGAACACACACACACACACACACACACACACACACACACACACACAGACAUAUAUGUAUACGCACGCACCCACACCCGACAGCAGACCCACCCGCACAAACAUAGACAGAUGUGGGCAUGCACCCGCAUGUGCAACAACACAAAUAAGGAAGUAAACCUGAACAAACCCUUCAAGUGGGGACACAAACGAGUCCUUGGGGAACUGAGGACCCGUGGAACAGCAGCUGAAGCCGGCUCCCCGAGCCUGACCACAGACACUACUGGGGAGCCUGAAGCACCAGCUGGACACCCCCUUGGUGCUCGCCUUCCACCUCUCUUGGAACUGCACCACCGACCAACUCCAGACUUGGGAGCUUUAAAGAGCAGAGUAGCUCUUUCUCUCCCAGACUUGGUCUUUUUUCUGGGUCUUGUUUUUGUUGAUUUUUAAAAAAAAAUUUGGAACAAAUGCUUCUCCAACCGAUGGGUGCAAAGAAGCUCCGGAAGGGAGGGCUCCAGGCCCAGGUCUCUCUGGCUCUGGAACUCCCAGUGCUCACACAAUCCGACCAAGGAACAUGGCCCCCAAGAAAGAAACAGGUUCCAGCAAAACCAUGGGGAGAAGGAGGAAGGGGGCUCUCACUGGAUGGGGUUGGAGGGCCUUAGGGGGCAACUUGCCAGCCACCUCUGUAUCUCUGCGGAGGGCUGCAGAGACCACAGGGUGACCUGCGUCCCCCAUAGGCCAGGAGCAUCGGCCUAGCUAGACCAGGCAGGGGACUGCAAAUUUGGUGAAGGAGGUUUUGUGGAGGCCAUGUGAUUAUCGGUGCCCUGGGUACAAUCUGGGUUCUGCCUCUGCCCUUGGGGUAAUGCUAUCAGAAAUUCACCCCAUUUUCUUUACAGAGUCUCUUUUGUGUCUGUCAUUUCUCUUUCAAAAAGGUGGUGUUUUUUGUUGUUGUUGGCUUUUUUUUUUAAAGAAAAGUUCUUAAAGCACUAACGGAAACCCACAGAGUUUGUCCUUUGUAAAAAUUUUAAACACAGUGUCUUGAUAUAAAAAUAAAAAAUCCAAUUAGCACUCCCAA